UUGAACGGCUUCUGCAAUUUGGAAUAAUUGUGAAUUAUGAUAUUUUCUUUUACAUAAUUAAUGUAAUUUUUAUUCAUAUUCCUUCUUAUUGAUUUUUUACUUAUUUUCUUUGUUUUACAUGUAGUGCGUUUAAAAGUAUAUGUGCGAGAGUAAUGUCUAGCUUUUGCCAUUUGUUUUGUGAAGAAAGACAAUAUUCUUUUAUUUGAUAUGGAAGAAGUGAGGCAAUUGGUGCAGGAGGAAGGUCGGGAAGCCAGGAAUUUGGUGGCAUUUCAUGUCGCCGUGGAUUCCCCAGCCUCCAAAGUAGCCCGCAAGCCGCCCCGCACGUUACCACCCGCACCUCGUCCCGCUCCGCGCGCGUCCCGCCUUCGCUCCGCGUCCGCGGGACGCGAUAAGCGAAGCGAGUUGCGUGCGAGAUACUGGGCGUUGCUGUUUGGCGAUUUGCAGCGGGCGAUUGGAGAAAUAUACAACACCGUUGAAGCCAACGAGAAUCUAAAUGAGUGCCAAGAAGUGAUCCUAGUUUUGGAGAACUACACACGCGAUUUCAAAGCUUUAGCGGAAUGGUUUCGACUCAAAUGGGAGUACGACAACACGCCCCCACCGCAGAGACCGCAAAGCUUAGCGUGGGAGAUACGGAAGACUGAUUUUGUUAAACCAGAGCCGAAACGAACUUACUCGGUUAAGAGUUCACCAACCGUGUCAGGCAAAAACAGCCCUUGUCUCUCUGGACAUAACACACCAAGCGGCAAAAACAGCCCAAAUCUAACGGGAAAAGCGAGCCCCGGGAGUGGAAAAAUUAGCCCAAGGAUCUCUUCAAACCAUUCCAGUACUAGUCCAAAAGCGAAUAUAGAGUUCUUCAGCAAUAAAAUCAGCGCUAAAGUGACAGCCAAACCUGAGCCUAAGAUUGCUAAAGAACUUUCACGAUUGUCUGAUAUUGAAGAAAAAUAUAUCAAAGAAACAUGUGAAGAUGUGCCCAUUGUAAAAGAGAAUGGAAACAAGGAUAAAGAUGAACCACCUAAGCCAAAAUCGGUCGAAAUAGGUCAUGCAAAAUUGAGUCCGAGCGCGUCGCCUAAGUUAGUUGUGGUCAAAUCUUCAAAAUCCAAAACUAACACAGAUACAAAGAAACACAAUGAAAACAUUUCUUGCCAGGCCAAAUCUACAAUUGAUAAAUUGAACGCAAUGGAAACAGAGUACUUACAAAAACAGCUCGUGGAAAAUAAGGCAAAGAAUGAAAAUAUGCUUAAUCGGGAUUUGGAGAUUGAGCAACAGGCAAACAUCAAGAAAGAAGACAAAGAGGAAAUUGCAGUGGACGAUAAAGAUAGAGAAUUAAACGACUCUCCAACAAAAUCUGAAGACAAUUUUGCAGAUGUUUCUAGCGACGGUUCUCCAAAAUCCGUAGCUAAUGAUAAAGUAGCGGAUGUCAACGUUAACGCAGAUAUUUUAGAAAAUACAGACGAAAUUUUAACUGAAAUGGACAUUAAAAAUGAUUCUGAGAAUUUAAUUCAACCAUGUGAUGAUUUAAAGAUGGAAAUCAGUACAGAGGGCAUUAUUAUUGUUACUGAAGACAAAGACGUUGUUAACAUUGAAAAUGUUAAUGAAACAGUAACAAUCCUAAAAGAAACGUCCAGUAAUUUACCUAUGGAUGCUAAAGUUCUUGCUGAAAAGCCAGAAAAGAAGGAAGCAAUUGCUAUACAAGUAAAAGAUGAGUCUAAUAAAGACACUAAAGAAAAUGUCCAUCCAAUGGAGAAAAAGGAUGAACCAAAACCUGAUGAAGAUUCAGUAGCAAAGAUAGAAGAUGUUUCACAUUCACCAACAAAAACAAAUGACGUAGAAAAAAACACCAGUAAAGAUCAGGAUACUAAGAAAUCUGACGUAAAACCUACAUCUAAACCUGCAUAUUCGCAAGCAGCAGCAAAACCUAAAGCAGUUUCUAAUACUAAAACUGAAGUUAAAACACCUGUACGACUCGCGCGAAGUUCCACAGUUGUUGAGAUACGCCCACCAGUGCCAAAAGUAAUUCGCCCAUUCCAAAAAAAAGUACAGACUAAUAAAUGCAGUUAUCCUUUUAACUUGACUACAGGAAGAACAAGCUUAUUCGAUACAACUCCUUCACCUAAUGCGAACCGAGGACAGGUGGUGCCAAGAAAAUCAACAGCUAGAAAUAUACACAUGGCUGCAGGAGACGCUAAAUUAGUCGCAAAUCGACCAAUCCUUAAAGCUAGACCACGGCCUACUGCCUUGAGAGUUAACGAAAAAGGUGAUAAGCGAGAAAAAGUCAGUACAUUCCUGGAAAAAGUUGGCCGCAAAAAUUCCGUACCAAAUUCAGAAAUGAAUAGAAUCGAAUCUAAUGAAAGCAUAAAAACUCUGGUACCAGAAGACUUGAAAGAUGACGGGCUGAAUUCUAUAGAAGCACUCAACGUUGAUAGUAAGAAUGAUAAUGAUGGUUGGCUGACGGUGAAAUCACGACGUGAAUCAAAGAAACAAUCCAAAACUUAUUGGGCUAAUAGAUUCAGACAACCAUCAGCAACUGCAAGCUUGCCAACAUUAAACAUGUUGGAAUCGCCUAAAGAAGAGACGAAAUCAAUCGUUGAACCUGAGAUAAACAAAACAGAUCGAGCGAAAUCUGAACAGCCUCAAAAGAUAGAUAAAGAUAAAGAAAAAGAAAAGAAAACGGACAAAACAGUUAAAGUUGCAGCUAAACCUAAAUCUGAAGGUAAACAGAGAGACCCAGCGAUGAGGCGUCAAAAAUCCGAUGUAACGGGCUUGAAAACUCGUGUAUCUAAAAACAAAGUUCUAACCAAAAAGGCUGAGAAAACUAAAGGCGUGCCAAAGGAAACUAAAAAUCGAUUACAUUCCUCAUUAGAAAGUUUAACUAUGGGGCUGAGUCGAUCGCAAGAGAGCAUUCACGAAGAAUUUGAUUUCGACAAAUGGAAGGCUGAAUUUAAAUCGACAUUCAACUUCCUGGACGACGACGAUCAGAUAUCUGAUCAUAACGAAAUAUUGAAAUCAGCUGAUCCCUCAGAGAUGUCGGAAAUUGCGGAAAUGACGUCACAAAUUGAGGAAAAUGAAAGGAAAAUCAGUCUAGCGCUGGAUUUCCAGUCGGAAGUCGAUCAACGGAAAUUGUGUGAAGAAGAAGAUUUAUUGAAUAGACAGAUAAUGGAGUUACAACAAGUUUCUGAUAUUGAAUUGGACACAGAAACGGAUGAUACUGAGACGGACGCAGAAAUACCUUUAGAAGAGCCAGCCCCCACUCCUGUACCAAUUUCAGAGAGCCUCGGUUCGUUAGCUGCUAGUCUAGAAGAUCAAUACGAAACUGCUUUAGCGGGCAUGUCCUGGGCAGAAAGAGUUGACACUCUGGUGGUUUUGGAAGCAUUGGUGGCUAGAGAUCCAGGAAGAGCACAGCAAUUACACGCAAAACUAUCGCAAGGUAUCAAACGACGCGGUAGCCUGCAAGAUGCAUUGCGCAGAUUGCAAGCAAAGCAGGCGCGCGCUGAAAGACAAAGAAUGGAGUUUCAAACGGAGAAAUCGAAGAGAAUUCACCAAUUGCUGGCUAGAGUUGAAGAAGUGAAAGUGGCCAAAAACCAACUCAUUGAAGAGAAGAAAUCAAGAAUGGAGAGGAGAUUGCAGAAGGCGGCCGAGAAUCGUGACCAACAUUUGAAGGACAUUGUCCGCAAAGCGCACGACGAAGAGGAGAAACUGCGUGAGAUUGCGUUUAUAAAGCAGCUGGAGGCAGAGAACAGGCGGCACGAGUUCUUGGAGCAGUGCCGCUCGCACACCACGCGCUUGCGGCAGAUGCGCCGCGACCGACUCGCCAAGUUGGAACAAAAAGCAGCCCGGGAAGCGGCCGUCGGCGCGCGACGUCAAGCGCUAGAAGCGGCUAGGAAGCUGCAAAUGGAGAAUCUUAUAGAGAAGAGAAAGGAGAGAGACGCGAGAUUGGAGGAGAUGAAGGAGCAGAAGAGACAGGAGAGAGAUGACGCGGCUAGAGAGAAGGCGGAAGCAGUAAAGUCCCGUCUCUCAGCGCUAGCAGAAGCCGCUGAAUUAGAAGCGGACAUGUUGCGUUCACGAAUACGAGACAAGCAGGACGCAAGUCUGUUGCGGCACUCGUCGCACUUGCAGGCGAUACGCGAGAAGGCAACGGGGCCGAGACAACCGACUACAUCCGAAAGCCAAGAAAAAGAAAUGGCAGAAGAAUUAGAGAGAGAAGAACUGGAGAAAAAGGAAAAGGAGAAACAAAAGGCUAUCAAAAAGAAAGCUAGGAAAAUGAAACAAAAACUAUUGUCCAGUGCUUCAAAGAAAACUGUAUUCGAUAAUCAUAUACCAAUUCACAUCGAAAAGAUGCCCACGCCGUUCAUGAUUAAAACCAAUAAACUAGUCGGUCAAUUGAAUAACGUACUACAAACAUUGAAAAAGACAACUAAAAACAUUGAAAAUGAUAAUAAAAAGAAACCGAAGAAAAAUCACGAGAAAAAUGUUGAAAGCGAUGAAAAUGAUGAAAAUUGUAAUAAUAAGAAGAAACCAAAGCCAAAUAAUGUAAAAGCAGACAGUUGUGAAAAAGAAAUUGUUCAAAACGGUGAUAUUAAUGAAGUAAUUGCAAAUACUAACACUACAGAAGUACCAAAUGGUCUCGAUGAUGCAAAUACAGCUAAUAAUAAUAACAAUGAGGAACCCCCCAACGGACAUGUAAAAGGCAAGAAGAAAAAAGGCAAAAACAAUGAAACAGAAGAAAAACUACCAAAUGGCUGUGAAGCAUCGUGCAGUAAAAAGAAGAAGAAUGUUAAAAGAGACGUAGAUACGGAAUCUUCUAGUAGCAGAAAGAAGAAAAAGAAGAAUAAAGAUAUAUUGACUGAAUUGGAUAUAGAUUUUGAUGAAGAUAAUAAAAAACGUAGGAAACGCAACAGGAACCAUGAUCUCGCUAAUUUGUUAAGUGAUAUAAACAAAUAUAAAGGCAGAAAGGACAUUAAUAUGGGUAUAGAUGCGCAUUUAGUUGAGAAGUUGUUGAACGAAUUGAAUAGGAGCGUUGAGAAAUUGGAAUCGGAUUGUUCCGAAAGUGCUGCGCUACAGAGAUACGCCGCAGUGAAAGUGACGUACGAGUUGCUCGGACUCAUUGCCGAAAGAGAGGAUAUAGCGGCCAUCUUGUCUACCAAAUGCGUCAUAGUCGGCGUCACACUACUAUCACGCACGCUGACGUCAUGCCCCGUGCUCGGCUCGCAGCUCGCGCCCACCGACAUGUGCGUGCAUCUCAUAACGCUGUUGGCUGAUUUACUGGAAAAGGACCUGAAAUCGGACCCGAAACUGAUGGAGCUAGCGAAACAGAUAGCCGACUGUCUAUCUGUUUCUUUCGACGCAGUGUUAUGCACUUCUCGAAUAUUCGACGAGACGCCCAGCAACGACCCAGAAGAUGCCGAGUGCUUGAACAUGUUCCGUAUACGAACGCACCAGUUUAUCACUUACCUCUGUUUGAGCGGUUGUCUCGAACGCGCGGAGAAGGCGGGCGAAGCGAGAGAGAGCAUUCAAACCUUGCUGACUGUCUGCGCUGAUUUGUGUCAUCCAUGUGCUGUUGAUACUGGCAAAGAGCGCUUGGUCGCGCGGCAGGCGCUCAAGGCGGCGCUCGGCACGGGCGUGUGCGGCUCGCGCGCCGAGUUCUGCGUGCUGUUCGCGGAGGGCGCGUCGCUCGCGAGCUGCGGCGGGUUCGUGCGGGCCGCUCGAACCGCGCACCUGUUGAGAGUGCUCGCUGAGAUGGACCACUCUAUUGUACAGGAGGCGUUUGGUGAAGGCGGUUGGCCGAUCGAGUUUCGCGCGGCGGUCGCGCGGCUGCUGUCUCAGCAUGCGCCCAACGAUAAAGAGGCGCCUAGGAAGAAUACUUUGCGUCUAAGCAAUGAACGAUUGGACCAGAGCCUCUCUGAGACUAUGGUCCUGGACCUUAUUGUGCUCGUUGGCUUUGUUGUGGUCAACAAUCCACAACUACAGGAGGCAAUAUGCGAAGGUUGGAGUGUGGUCAAGACACUGUGCACUUUACCAGCAAAUUGGCUGGUGUCAAAAUCUCGCAGUCACGCGUUAUUGCCAACUUUGAUUGCUCUCUCUGAGUACCCGGCGUGUGCUGCGGCUAUAGCUUCCGAGCUUAGUGUUACGAUGCUUGAAGAAUUCCUCGAGAAUCCAGAAGCUCAAUAUUUGAAACUCGUGCAAGUAAUAAAACAAGGAAGAGCUAAGAAACCUGGUAAGAAGUAAAACUAACGAAAACAUAUAAUUUCGAUUAAAGACAAUGUUUUGAACAUCUAAAACAUUAUAAUGAUGAAAAUGUAAAACUACUUCAUUGAUGCUGUGGUUUUGAUGAUAUUUAUGUUUUUAAAGUAUAAAACGAGAGGCUUAUUAUUUUUGAUGAAAAUAAACAUCACCUUUUUAUUUUUAAUGAUCUAUCAAAUACAAGAUGAAUUCAGAAAGCCACAGUCGAUAAUGAAUGUAAAACUUAAACUAGACGAAGUAUAUGAAUGUAUUGAAAAUGAUGAUACAAUACCAAUGUUACAAAAUAUAAGAGAGAAAAUAAAUCCAGAUUAUUGAGACAAGAAAAUAACUGAAGAGAUUGAAGAAAAAACUAUGAAAUAUUAUAUUGAUGUCUUAAUGGCUAUACUAAUAGUUUGGAGUUUCAGAUAAACAGUAUUUGAUAUAUAUGGUCUUACCAUAAAACAAUUUAAACAUAGUCUAAUUUUAAACCAGGGAUCUGUCACUUUAAUAGUUGUCUAUGUGCAAUACGACAAAACCAGAUUAAAGAGAACCCGCGUUUAAAGUUAAACCCUGUCUAAAGUUUGUGGUAAGACAGAUAAUGUUCAAAUUAUUAACUUUUAGAUCUAAUUGUAUCUUUUUAGUUGACAAUAACGCGUAUUCUGAUAUCUUCAAAGUAAGAUGCAGUUAAAGGAAAUCAAAUAAGUUCCUUGAUAAAAUUCUUACUUCGAUAAUUUGCAUACAUAAACAAUUAUAUGUUUUUAAUAGACAUUUUUAAUG